GAAGGCAAGGGCAGCGUGGCGGUGAGGGUGGCACUCGGGGAAACAGAACUUGUUCAAAACGUUCGCCGGUUCCUGCUGGACAACGGAGUCAGCCUGGAUUCCUUCAGCCAGGCGGCUGGAGAACGGAGCAAGACGGUGAUUUUGGUGAAGAACCUGCCAGCUGGCACGAAGGCGGAACAGCUGGAGGAGGUCUUCGGGCCUUUCGGGAGCCUCGGCCGGGUCCUGCUGCCGGAAGGAGGAGUGACAGCCAUCAUGGAGUUCCUGGAACCCACCGAAGCCAAGAAGGCAUUCACCAAGUUGGCCUACUCCAAG